GAGUUGGCUACUAAGAAGUUAGAUUUAGGCACAAGUGUAAAGAAAUUACAAUGUAUAGAAGUUACGAACAUUAAAUACAAGGUUUGUGGUCCUCUUGAGACACAUCUUAUAGAUAAUCCAAAGUUUGAAUUGGAUCUUAGUAAAACAAUUUUAUUCCUUAAACAACAAGGAUAUUAUAUUGAAUAUUUUAAAGUACCAACAAAGUUUGCUUAG